CUAAAAUCUCCCAUCUCAGUCUCCUUCUCCUUCGUCUCUCUAUUACUCUAUUUCCAACAAAGACAAAAGCACGAAAGAGGAAACUCUCUCUCCCACAGAAACACUCUGUUUUCUCUGGGUAGUAUCAAUGCCUGCACAGAAGCGUUCUCUGUCAGAGAAUCUGGACGAUGAAGAGCAUCAUCAGCACCAUGCCAAGCAAUCUCGACCCGAACGAGAAGAUGAGGAUGGUAAAGAAGAAGAAGAACAGCGAGACGAAGAAAAGGAAGUAGAAGAAAAGGAAGAUGAAGAAGAAGAAGAAGAAGGAGAAAAAGAAGAAGAACAAGAUGGUGGUGGUGAUGGUGAUGAUGAUGAUGAUGAUGAAGUGGAAGAUAAGCGACCUCAACAAAAGAAGAGACGGGAAGAAGAAGAAGAAAAAGAUGAUGAGGAAGAAGCAGAGGAUUCUGAGGGCAGCCCAUCUUCUAGCUCCGAAGAAAAGCCCGAAUUUGUCUUUGUACAACUAGCAGACAUCCGGAAAGAAGUGCAGUGUCCUAUUUGUCUUGGAAUUAUUAAGAAAACACGUACUGUAAUGGAAUGCCUUCACCGCUUUUGCCGGGAAUGCAUUGACAAAUCAAUGCGACUGGGAAAUAAUGAGUGUCCUGCUUGCCGCACACAUUGUGCCAGUCGACGUUCUUUGAGAGAUGAUCCAAAGUAUGAUACCCUCAUUGCAGCUUUGUAUCCAGAUAUUGAGAAGUAUGAAGAGGAGGAAUUAGCAUUUCAUGAAGAGGAGAAGACGCGCAAUAAGCAGAUUCAAGCCUCAAUUGCCCAAAUUGUUCAACGACAAUCAGAAGCUUUAGUUAAAAGACGCACACUGGGUAGAGAUGCAGCAAGUCCAUUUAUGACAAGAUCGCAGCGUAAUAAUCGGAUUACUCAUCCAAGGAGACGAAACUGCCGAGGCAAUGAACUUCAAGGAUCUGAGGACAAUGAGGAUGAAAAUUACAAUAAAGAUUCAUCUUCUGCUGAUGAAAGAUGUACAGAAGUCAGACAAAGAAGGCGCAAGAGACGAGCAGGAACCCGGUCUGCCCAGCCUUCUUCAUCAGCAGCCAAUUCAGAUGUUGGAUGCAUUGAAAAUGAUUUGGAAGUCAGCAGAGAAAACAGAGGAAUAUCUCCUGGGCUCGUUUGGAACCCUGAACUGCUUGCUUGGGGCCGGGCUGGUACCCGGAGUCACACAAGGCAUGGCAAUUCUAGUGGUUGCAACAGUAAAAGUUCCCAAAAUACUCGCUUGUCCAAGUUGGUUGAUUAUCUCCGGAGCUUAGAGGAAAACAACGAUGAGCUAGAUGUUCAUCUCAUGCUUAUUUCUUUGGACAAACAAAGUACACCAUGUUUGCAGCAGCCACACCUAUGCUGUCGACCAAGUUUGUCUGUUAAACACCUAUGUGAAUACAUUGCUCGCCAAACGCCUUUGGAAGCUGAAGAAAUUGAAAUAUUAGCUCUAAAAGUGCAAGAGGCCAGCGGGCUUAAAGCCAAUCACAUUUUGGAAGAUGCAGAUGAUGCAGAUUGUGUGCCCAUGCUGGUUGAUCCAUGUAAGGACCAGCUGCAGAUUUUGGAAGAGCGAGAAACUUUGGCAGGGCUUAAAGCCAACUGCAUUUCCGCCAGGAACCAUUUGGUUUUGGUAUACCGACGGAAGGAGAUUGGUUAAAAUUCAUACAACUUGCCAUUGGCAUUCUAGAGAAAAUCAAAAUUCAUUGCACUUGCUGUUGAUAAAGAGAGCUCAGUAGAUGAUGGUCAAGGAGAGGUCACAGGAUGGAAUUGAACCUAAUUGAAGCAUUUUUCCUAUUGCAUUGUUGAUGAUGUAAAUCUAUAGUGUGAAGUAAUAAGUUAACCAUAAGAAUGCAAAAGAAAACAGUUUGAUGUACCUGCAUAUUA